GGAUCGCGACCAGGAUGGCUCUGCGCUCUGCGCCCCUCUUGCUCCUGGUGUUGGUGGCAGUGGCCCUCCGGGAGAGCUGCUGUGGCACCUCCCCCCACUCCCUGAAGUAUUUCAUCACCGCCAUCUCAGAGCCCACUCAGGGGCUGCCUCACUUUGUGUCUAUGGGGUUUGUGGAUGAUCAACUCUUCAGUUCCUACGACAGCAACAGCCAGAGGGAGAAGCCUCGAGUCCCCUGGAUGGAGAAAGUGGGGAAGGAGAACCCCCAGUACUGGGACACUCAGACCCAGAUAUUACAUGGCCAAGAGGAGCCUUUCAGGGAAAGCCUGGAGAAUCUGAGGAGCCGCUACAAUCAGAGCGAAGGGCUUCAUGUAAUACAGUGGAUGUACGGCUGUGAGCUCCGGGGAGACGGGAGCAAAGGAGGUUUUCACCAGUUUGGUUAUGAUGGGAGGACCUUCAUCACCUUCGACAAGGAGACCCUCACCUGGGUGGCUUCCGACCCCCAGGCCCAGAUCACCCAGAGGAAAUGGGAUGCUUUUCCAAGAUUUAAUCAGGGAAAGAAGUUCUACCUGGAGAAAAUCUGCAUUAAGUGGCUGGAGAAGUUCCUUUCCUAUGGGAAUGAGACGCUGCUGAGGACAGAGCCCCCAGUGGUGACAGUGACCAAAAGGACGGAGGCCGAGGAUGGGAUGGAGACACACGUCUGCCGCAUGGAUGGCUUCUACCCCAGGGAAAUUGAUGCCUCCUGGAGGAGGGAUGGGGAGGUCUGGGAGGAGGAAACCUUCCAUGGGUCUGUGGCCCCCAACUCAAAUGGAACCUACCACUACUGGCUCAGCAUCCGGAUUGAUCCCAAAGAGAGGGGCCGCUAUCGAUGCCACGUGGAGCACGACAGCCUGCAGGAGUCUCUGGACGUGGCCCUGAAAGAACCAAAAUCCAACCUGGGGCUCAUCAUCGGCUGCGUUGUGACUGCUCUUGUCCUGGUGGGUCUUAUUGCUGGGAUCCUGGUAUUCUUCAAAAGACGUCAAAAUGACUACAAUGCACCACUAAGGAGCAACCAGGCCAUUUAGCAACCCUCUGCCAGCACGAGUGGACAGUCCCAGCAUGAGGAGAGAGGAGAGAAGAUGGGACCAACCUUCUCCUGAAUUAGGCCGGACUCUCAGGCCCAUCCUGCAUGCUUGGAACCAGGAUGCAUUUGGGGUCUUUCACCAUCGCUUCUAUCAUUGGAUCAGUAACCUUUUGUAUUACGAUUGAGGAACGGAGGAAAAAAGAAAAUCUUUUUGGUAAUUGUGGAAUCAAAAGGAUUCAAAUUGGAUUCUAUAGAUAUCAUUUUAUUUUUUAUUUAUUUGUAUCAUGCUGAAGAUAUUGAAGAUAUCCAACACACCUUCCACCUCCUAUUUUCCCCACAACAACAACCCUGUGAGGCAGUGGUGGGUUUCAAUUUUUUUUUACUACCGGUUCUGUGGGUGUGGCUUGGUGGAUGUGGCAUUGUGUGGUGGGCGUGGCUUGGUGAGCGUGGCAGGGGAAGGAUACUGCAAAAUCCUCAUUCCCUCUCCACUCCUGGGGGAAGGAUAUUGCAAAAUCUCCAUUCCCACCCCACUCUGGGGCCAGCCAGAGGUGGUAUUUGCCAGUUCUCUGAACUACUCAAAAUUUCCGCUGCAGUUCUCCAAACUGCUCAAAAUUUCUACUACCCGUUCUCCAGAACCUGUCAGAACCUGCUGGAUUUCACCCCUGAUAUAUAGUAUGAAUAAUGUGUAAUAGAAAAAAUAUUUCUUUUUGAGAUUUAUGCCAUUAAUUAAGUUUGCCAAAAUUCUUUGUUGAAAAUAAAUGCUUUUAUUUUCUUCCCGCUUGAGUUGCUGCCUGUUUUGGGAGAUUGGAAAUAGGAGGGAUUUUACUCUCCUUGUUUAUCAGAGACCUUGAUUUCACUUUGAGUGGUAAGAAGAGGAGCAAUCAAGCAAAACCUUUCCCCCUAACCAUUGCACACAUACUGUAAGAAUACCAAAAUUGUUUGAGGAAAAUAAAUGGUUUUGA